GAUUGUUUUGUGGCUGUUUGUGCGGACAAAUCCUUACCCACUGCCGUGAGGAGUUUUAUUGCCACGGGUUUUGCAUCUAUGUGCUGGAUGAUUUGGAAAUAUAGUUGUGAAGCGGUUUACGAAAGAAAGGAAGUCAAUGGUCCAGGAAAACAUGGAGAAGGCAUCUGGGUUAACACUUGAAGAGAUGAAUAGUGAGGGCUUGUUGAUCUGUGGGGAUAAUGACACUGCAUUUGCAAGUUCAGCUCUUAUGAUUGAGGCGAUUGCACCAUUAAGAGGAAUGUAGCUGGCUGUUAAAUGAAUCACAGUUUAGCUGUGUUUGAGUUUGAUUCUAAAGACUGGUUCAAUUUUAUUCAAGAUGAUACAGGAGUCCAUUGGUUCAAGGAAUGAAAAAUUCUCCAGAGCAAAGCAGUUGGAUGUGGAAAAGCUAAGCGAAUGAAUUCAAUUGAGAUCC